GCUCUCACCCGUCCCUGCAUUCCUCCCGCGCGACCAUGUCUCCAACGCCCCCAGAGUCCGGCCCCCGCCGCUCCCCAACCCGGGCCGCCUGGCUGUACUAGAACGCCGACCCUUUGCGGCGCCCACCAGGAUUUCCUAUCCAAGCCCAUGGGUGGGCAUCGGCUGCUGCUGCCCGUCCCCUCCCUCGUCUGUCCGUCGUGGUGCUAGUCUAAUGGGUUAUAAAGUUGAAGAGCUGGCCCUUCAAUCAAUGAUUAAUUCUAGAGGAGGGGAUGAAAUGCUGUCUUCUCAGUCUGCACCUGAACAGCCCCAAGAUAUGUUGGUGCAUGUAGACAAUGAAGCGUCCAUCAACCAAACAGCACUGGAGUUGAGCACAAGGAGCCAUGCCCUGGAAGAAGAGGAGGAGGAGGAAGAAGAAGAAGAAUCAGAUUCCUGAAGGGGGAAAGAACCAGGGUUAGUUAGUUAUACAAAGUAAAUAUCUAAAGCUCCAGAACUUUCUAAAGAAAUCUUUCUGGCAUGGGCCCUGUAGCCUGCUUGAAAGGGAAGCAGGAACUGUAGAAGGAUGUGCUGUUGAAAAAAGUCUCCAUCAAUAACCUCAAGCUUCAGGAUAUUUUAACAAAACUUGGUGAAAUGUAGAAAAUCAGAGAUGCAGUGUCUUAGCAUUAGGUAAUUAAUGUGGGUGGCGCUGUGUCAGUAAUUAGAUUCAGGAAUUGUGUUCAAAACAGACAAAACUUCCUCUGAAAUGCCAUUGCAAAAGCCUGGCAUAUGCAAAAAGGGCAGAGUUUAAAUAUAAGCCAGCCUUUCCAAUCAACAAGGGCUCUUUUAAGAGAGCCAAUUAAAGGCUGUUAUCAUGCUGCUGAGCCCUGUGAGCACAGCAAGGCCACUGUCUCAGCGAGAGAAGAUGGCAAGGUGCCCACUGUAGACGGCUUUUUGUGUGGUUGUCAUCACAUCCAGCUUUGAGACCUCACAGUGUGGUGAAAUGUGCUUAAAAAUUAUAGCUAGCUGCUUGCCAGACACCAACAGAAAAGGAUUAGUUCCUCCUUCAGUGAAAACAGUAUAGCGGAUGGUUUAAAACCCGCUUCUGGCCUUAAGAGGAAGUGUGCCGUUGAAGAAGAAAUCACUGUACUUGGGAGGUUUUCUUUUUAUAAUAAAGAGAUGAGAGCUACAGAAUAAGAGUUGUUGGAACUUAGUAUUUGAAGUGGAGAUUCAUUUCUACAUACUGUCCCUUUUUCUACUGAAUAUGCCAUUAAAUUAGUCACUCAAAUGUAUGAAAUUGGUUUGCCCUGCCCAGUGACAGAAGAGCCAAACAAAACACAAAAGACAUCAAGCAGAACUUUUAUGUAACUGUUCCAGAAGAGAAUAUGGACCCAUUUUCUAAUUGUGGUUUCAUUAAAGUUAUUUUGAGCUACUCUUACAGGAAAUAGCGAGAAGUGUAUGAUGAGCAUGUUUCUUGGAAAACAGUGUGAAAUGUAUUUGGAAUAGAAAGCAUCAAAGUAUGUACUUUUGGGGUCUAAUUUAAAGUACGAGCAUGAGUUUUUUUUUUUUUUUUUAAGAGCUGGAAAACCCGGCUUUGAAUUCCAGCUCUACCAUUAACUAGUCACUUGCCCUUUCACCUCUGCAACUCUCACUUGCCCAUCUCUACAGAGAGGAUAGUCACAUCUGCUCUAGAAGUUUCCAGGGUUGUUGUGAGGUACUAAUGAGAUACUUAAGGAGCCCUGGUAGUGCAGGGAAACCCUGGUAGCAUAGUGGUUAAGUGCUAUAGCUGCUAACCAAAAGGUUGGCAGUUGGGACCUACCAAGCGCUCCUUGGAAACUCUAUGGGGCAGUUCUACUUUGUCCUGCAGGGUCACUAUGAGCCAGAAUUGACUUGAUGGCAAUGGGUUUUUGGGUUCUGGUGGUGCAAACAGUUAAGUGCUUGUCUGCUAACUGGAAGGCUGGCAGUUUGAACCCACCCAGACUCCACUGAAGAUCUGGCAAUCUGCUCCCAUAAAAGAUUACAGGCUAGAAAACCCUAUGAGAUGGUUCUCCUGUCACGUGGGGUCGCUUUAAGUCACAGUGGACUAGACAGCACCCAACAACAGUGAGAUGUUUCAAAAUCCAGCUGUUAUUGGUGUCUCAGGAAGGGGAGUUUGAGGAAGGAGUCUGGCACAGGGAAUAUCAUUAUUGAGAACAAGAUUCUUCUUGGUAAAAGUGGCUGGGAAAAAAAAGUUCUUCGACUACAAAUGCAAUACCUUAGAGUGUUAAUAGAGAAUUUAAAACACCCCUCAAAUGGCACCAAACAUGAAAGCAUUCGGAUCCAGGUGUUAGACAGCAGGUUACCCCAUUCUUCUUCCUCUGGAUACAGUUUGCUCAUUUUAAUGAGACAUAUCCUCAGUAGUGGGGUCAUUCUCUGUUAUCAAGACACAGGGUGGGAGGAGGGUGUGGGUCUUAAACCUCGGCCUGAGUGUUUGCUGAAAACACGUAAGUCAAACUGCUGACUUAGAACAGCCGUUAGCCUCAUAGUGAGAAAAAACCAUUGACUAGCUUCAGUAGCCAUGUUUACGACACUGGUUUUUAAAAUCCUGGCUUCAUCCCAAGCUCUGGUAGACCCAGAGUGGAACUGCCUCCUCAGGAGAUUAUUUCUUCAAGUUGUUUUUAAUCUAAAAAUGUAUCGAAAACCAGGGGAGAGUUACUGACUAGGCCACCUCGCAAGCACCUCAAGUUCCAGAAGUCACUUCGAAGAAGGAAAGGGUACACGUGGCCAGUUGGGACAUGGCUUUGUUUUCUGUGACUUCACUGCCACCUCACAGGUGUGACGAAGCCCAUGCCAGGAAGGUGUGGUUAAGUGUAAGUGGGAAAAGGGCAAGACGAUUGCUCAGCAUAGCCAGACGGCAUGUGACUGACUAGGGCAGUGGCUCCAGCUGCCAGCUCACCGGCAAAGGCACCCCUGUGAGCUGUGGUCCUGGAGCCGGGCAGCCCAGGCCCCUAGGGCGCCUCUGUACGGAAAGUGAAAAAUAUGGCGAUUUUCUUCAGAUUUGCUCCCAUCCCCACCCCAGGCUGCUGCUGUUCACUUUUAUAAACAGGUGGAAGGAAGGUGCUGGAAGAUGAACAGAGGGGGGUGUCCUGUGAGAAGAGCUGAACAAAAUUUCAAUCAUUCUGUGAUUUGAAGAUGAAUCACAGGAAGCCCCAUCAGCCCAAAGCACUGAACUUGUCUUAGUGUCAUGUUUCUGCCUUCUGGUCCCCUUCCUGUCCUUACCUUUCCGCGCUAUAAUACUUGGCUAAAGUGUAUGAUUUCUUCAGUCCUAGAGAAACUGAAAAUCUCCCCACAAAAGCAGAAAAAACUUUUGCCCUUUUUUUUUUCUUAACUUGAUAGUAUAUUUAUUAGAAUAAGAGAUUAGAGUUGUUAAACAUCUGGAUUAAAACGGUUAACAGGAUUUU